UAUAUAGAUCAAUGGACUUAUAUAGUUUAUUUAUUUUUUAACAAAAACAAAAAUGAAGUAAAACAACAAACUGAGAACCCUGUAAAGUAUCUGGUUCCUUCUGAUCCCUGGUCCUGCUAGCUAAUUCGUUUUGUGGUUCCAAAGAAACGAGUCACCCUCACAUAUAAUGAUCACUAUUUUGGACCAUAUAUUGUAUAUACCAAUUCCAGAGACCUAGAUUCUCCAAUCAAGUGACUAUGUUUAUGACCUCCCCGGUCCAUACACACCCCAUUCAUAAGCACAGAUAUCAUCCUCGCCAUUGUAACCCUGAAAACAAAAACAAAAGGAAAAAAAUAAUUUCUCACUUCCAUCUCUUUAGUUUAUAGUUUCAUUGUAUUUUUGGUAAAUAAUUUGAGAAAACAAUGGCUUCAAGCUCUCUAAAUAAGCAAAGCUACUACAGCUCGUCCUGGACAGCAAAGCAGAACAAGUCGUUUGAAAGGGCACUAGCCUUGUUUGAUAAAGACACUCCAGAUAGGUGGCAAAAUGUGGCCAAAGCCGUAGGUAACAAAACCGUCGAAGAAGUGAAAAUACACUACCAAGUCCUUUUGGAUGAUCUCAGGAAAAUCGAGUCUGGCCGUGUUCCUAUUCCCAACUACAAGUUCACCAACUUUGACGAAGAACAAAGGUACCUUUCAGCAAAGAAAGAUAGAAAGAGGAGUAGCAGAAAAGUAAACCAAGUUGUUUAAUAAGACACACAUAUAUGGGUAUAUUAGUGCAUUAUAUGUGUCAAAAUUAGGAAUAAUGUUGUAUUUUUAACACUGCUAUGUUAUUACUAGUUUUGUAUUUGUAUGGUACGGUUCUUUUCUGUAUUUGAAAUCCUUUUUCUUUUUCUAGCAAUGGGGAAUACAGUUCGGAAAGGUUUACUAUUGCUUAAGGAUAUCGAUGAAUAAUAUGCCAAUUUCAAUAAAACUUUCGCUAUUUUUCUGGCU